GGGCACUGCCCUCUGUCUUCCCUCCCCCCCAGCAGUGGGGCGUCCCCGGAUCCUGCCCGGGCACAGCCUCCCUGCCCGCCAGGGCCUGGCUCUCCCCAGGGCCAGGGAUGGUGCCAAGGGAGGCGCCUGUCUCCUUGCCCCUGCCCCCCAGCAGGACCCCACCCGCCCAGGCUGCCCGGCCCCGGGUCGCGGCCCCACAGGGCUGAGAGAGAGGAUGGGCAGAUGCCCCUGGGUUAACUGGCUCCAGGCUGGUGCCCAAGUGCCAUGAGAUGAUAACCCCAGAACUGACGGCCCGGGGGAGCAGUGGGCUUGGAGUCCCCCAGUGCAGCCUGGCUGCCUUCCUGGAGGCCCUGUUCAGGUAAAACCAAAGCAACCUCUGGUCGAGUGUGAGGCCGGACGGGGCCAAGGGAGCAGCUCAUCCGGCCUGUCACGUGGAGCAGAAAGGGGAGGUUUGGGCUGAUCUUAACUCCCUGGGGCUGGGCAGCUUCAUUUCCCAGCCUGGGACAGUCCCCGGGGGCUCAGCUGCCAGUGUCCCUGCAGCCCUGGGUGCUGCUCCCCUGGAGAUUCCCCAGGCUCUGACACUUAUUUCUCGACAGGCGUCUCCCAGCCUCUGUAGCGUGGCCUGCCUUUGUGGCGCAUCGGGGAGCAGCACGGCUGCCCUCAACUCCCAGAUGGAGCGCGGGGAGGAGCUGCGGGUUCCAGAUUCCCAGGGCCAUGAGGAAGAGGAGAUGCCACUUGGUACGAGCCCAGGGUCCCUUUGCCCCGGUGCAGGGAGCUAUUCACAUCUGUGUCUCAGCAGAUGACCAGGUGAGCGAGGAGGGGGCUACCCAGGUGGACGGGGCACCCAAAGGAGCCCAGCUGGACAUUUGCCGGCGCUCGGAGCGGGUCGGGAGCCUGCGCCGGUCGGAAAGGAGAAGUGGUGCUGGGCAGCAGCCAGAGACCCCCACCAAGCCCGUCCCCCAGCCCCGAGGAGCUCAGCAGCGCUACGUGUGUGCCGAAUGCGGCCGCGGCUUCACCGUGAGCGCCCGCCUGGUGAAGCAUGAGCGGACCCACACCGGUGAGCGCCCCUUUGCCUGCGCCGAGUGCGGCAAGCGCUUCACCCAGAACGCCAACCUGGUGCAGCACCGCCGCACCCACACCGGUGAACGCCCCUUCCGCUGCGGCGACUGUGACCGGCGCUUCGGCACCAAAGCCGACCUGGCCCGGCACCGCCAGUCCCACACCGGGGAGCGCCCCUUCCGCUGUGCUGAGUGCGGCCGGGGCUUCAGCCAGAGCUCCAACCUGCUGCGCCACCAGCGCUCCCACACCGGCGAGCGCCCCUUCGCCUGCCAGGACUGCGGGGCCGCCUUCGCCCGCAACGCCCACCUGGCGGCCCACUGCCGCACCCAUACUGGCGAGCGCCCCUUCCGCUGCGGGCAGUGCCGGGAGCGCUUCGCCCAGGCCACCGCGCUGAUCCAGCACCGCCGGCUGCACACAGGCGAGCGCCCCUUCGAGUGCUCCGACUGCGGCAAGGGCUUCACUCGGGCCGCCACCCUGCAGCAUCACCAGCGCCUGCAUGCCGGCCAGCGCCCCUUCCCCUGCCGGGACUGCGGGGCCACCUUCGCCGCCCAUGCCACCCUCCGCCAGCACCGCCGCAGGCACUCCGGGGAGGCUCCCUUCCGCUGCGCUGAGUGCGGACGCUGCUUCGCCGUCAGCUCCGCGCUGCUCCGGCACCAGCACGUCCACACUGGGGAACGGCCCUUCACCUGUCACGAGUGUGGUGCCGGCUUCAGCCAGAGCUCGGCGCUCGUCCGCCACCAGAGACUCCAUGACUAGUGCCUGGUGCUCCCGGGCCCGGCAGCAGCAAGCCAGGGUGUGACCUCUGGCGGGAGGGGGAGGCUCCAGGCCCUGGUGGAAGAAGGGUGCCACAGGGGGCCCCAUGCGAGUGGGUGAGGGGAAGGUGCUCUGCGGAUGUGAGUUAAUUCAGCUGGAAUAAACGAGCCCACAGGGUCUGCAGUGUUAAUGGGACCCCGUCGCUGCCCAGUGCUAAGCAGUUGCACUCGGUUGGGGGAGACCCUGGUUUGCUGAGCUCAUGGCUGAUGUCCCAGCGAACAUCUCCUUAGUCUUCGAUUAAAGCUACCGAAGAGCGCUAACUAGCUGUAGCCUUUGAAACAAAGUAUUCAGCCUGGCAUCCGCUGUGAACUGAAAGCAAAAGGAAAUGGGGUGACAGUAGGUGCUCACGAGAAUGGGGUGACAAGAGGUGCCCACGGGAAUGGGGUGACAGCAGGUGCCCACAGGAAUGGGGUGACAAGAGGUGCCCACAGGAAUGGGGUGACAAGAGGUGCCCACGGGAAUGGGGUGACAGCAGGUGCCCACGGGAAUGGGGUGACAGUGGGUGCCUGAGGGAAUUGUGUGACAGGGGGUGCUCACGAGAAUGGGGUGACAGUGGAAACCAAAGGGAAUGGGGUGACAGCAGGUGCCUGGAGGAAUGGGGUGAUAGGUUCCCAAGGAAAUGGGGUCACAGUGGGUGCUCACAGGAAUGGGGUGACAGGAGGAGCCCGAGGGAAUUGUGUGAUGGGGGGUGCUCACGAGAAUGGGGUGACAGUGGAAACCAAAGGGAAUGGGGUGACAGCAGGAGCCAAAGGAAAUGGGGUGACAGCAGGUGCUCAUGAGAAUGGGGUGACAGGAGAUGCCCAAGGGAAGGGGGGACAGUGGGUGCCCGAGGGAAUGGGGUGAUAG